AUUGGGAGUAGGUAGCUAUCAUUUAUAAAUGACCCGAGUACAAAGAGAGCGGUCUGUUCAGAAAAUGGUUACACUUGUUAUUGCCACCCAACAGCAUGCAGCCGAUGCUAAAAGCAAUUAACCGAAGGCUGCCUAAGGACAUUCGCUACAAGGUAGGGUUACACGUUUGCAAACUGCAACGACGGAAUACGCUAGUUCGCACUGCUGACCUACUGAACAUAAGCGAACAACGUCUUCUAAUGGAACGAGGCUGUAUAUGCGGUGGCAACAUGCUUACACUGAACAUGUGUAAUAACGAACGCGACACCCUUCACCCAUGGAUAAAUGCAUACAAUGGUAGCCACAAUGUGUAUUAUUUGCGUACAUUGCACAAGACGGCAGUAUGGAGAAACGUACAAGUUCAUCAUAAGCGUUUUAAUCAUUGUACACUGCACAAUGGGGUUUUUCUUCAUACUUUCUUUCAUCCCAUCCCUUAAUACCCUGGAAG